GAGAAGCCAUGACUCGGUCCCCGCCCUAGUCUCCUUAAAUACCCUCCACCACGGGGAACCGUUACAUGGGAAACAAACGGGCAUGUGCUGACAUUACUAUAUAUAUUUGAUCACCGUAUGACUUUCACUUUUAAGUUGUUGUUCAACUUGUAACAUGGAGCUGGACCGGCGGCUGUUGCUGGCCCACUGCGCGGCUCACGCCCUCUCCAUCGCGGCGGGCCUGCUGGUGGUCGUCCCUAUGGCUCUCAACGGCUCUGCGUUCAAAGGCCGCUGCGCGCUCUUCUCCACCGGCUACUGGAGGACAGAAGACCGGGAAGAGCUGACGGGACAGCCGGGAGACGUCUCUCACCUGGUGGUGCAGCAGUGGGGCCCGCCGGCCGCCUGCCAGUUCGCCACCUUCGUCGGUAUUUUCACGGUGCUGUACGGUGCAGCGCAGGGCUGGAGGAGCCUCUUCUAUCUGCACGGAAGGCACGAUGACACCCUGUUUUCUUCCUUCCUGACGGUGCUGCUGAGUGUUUGUGUGCUCUUCCUGUCUGGAGGGGCCAGUGUUAUCUUGUCUCUUGGUCUCAACUCCUGGUGUGACACCGUGACUGAUCACAACAUACAGCCAUACAGCUGUGCAGAGUCCCAGUCUGUUCCGCUUUACCUGGAUGUGAACACCUCCUCUUUCUACACAGAGCUCAGCCUGGCACAGGCGUCCUUGUGGAGUGUGACGGCUCUGUGGCUGGCUCAGUCCAUCCUGGCCGUCCUGCGCCUCUACCACUCUCACAGCCAGCACAUCAGCGGGCCGUGUCGUCCCCGAGAGAAGGAGCUGCUGCUGGGCCACAGUCUAUCUGACAGCGGCUCCCCCACACCUCCACAUCCUCCAGCAACACCCACCAUCUAUGUCUAGCGGAGAGAGCGUGAGGUGGUGAUUAACAACGUUACAGUGAACUCUGCUGUUUAAAUUCAGUUUUAGAUGAUAAUGUCCACGCUGUAUACAGUCCUCACUACUGCAUGUAGAAUAUGGGCAGAGCCGAAUGUUUCUAUUUUGAUAUAAUUCAUAAUUCAUCAUCUUAUAUAAUAAGAGCCUGACCGAUAAUUGAUAUGAGUGUAUAUGUCAGCUGAUAUGUGACAAGAAAUAUCAGUAUAGAAAUGCCAAAGAACUGCUUUAAGUCAUUAAUAAGCAGUGUCUCCGUUAUAUAGUUUGUCCUCCAGAGAGCACUGACAAGUUUAUUGUUACUAUCCAUAAAGCAGGCAGGCUAUAGUAUGUAAUGACAUGAGGUCGUCUGAGCUGGGCCAAAAUAACUUUACAUUAUAUUGUCAUCACAGUUGGCACUGUCUCUGAAGCACCACAACUUAGAGUUACAGUUAAGGCCUCUUGUAUUUAUUACAUUUGCGUAACAGAACUAAGCAUUCGGUUUUCUAAAUGAUCGUAACCGAGUUCCCAAAGUAUUCAGUUUGCUUUAAGAUAAAAAAGAUUUUAACCUGUUUCCUUGUCGAGAUAGCCAGAAAGUAACAACAGGUAAAGCACUUGUUGAUGAACCACUCCAAAUACUUAACAGAACAAAAGAAGCUAAGUAAGGCUUUUAUUUUGGAAUAAUGUGUGAAUUACAUGAAUGCAGCAUUACAUAUCUACUCGCUUGUUUUGUGCGACAUAAGACAAAUGUCAAUGCAGUACAGCAUAAAAUGUAAACAAGGACAUCUGUCCUUUCCAGCUACAUUAUCUUUGUUUGGAUUAACUCUAAAAACAUAUUUAUUAUCACGCUGCAGAAUGAAUAUGAUUUCAUCUAUAUGGUUAAAGGGACUACAUUAUUCUGGAAAUGCCCUAUGAACAGCACUAAGUGUUGUUAAACAAGCUUCUUUUUUUUUCAAAGCUGUGGGAAUUUUGUUUAUUUUGAGCUCCAACGUAAUGGUGAUACAUGAGCGCCACUAACUGGGACUAACCUCAACUCGGUCAAAAGGGAUUUUACACAAUAAAAAAGACACAGAUGUAAUCUAGUCAUCUAGUAACAACAACUGUGUUAUUUAGAAGCUUAUAAUCAUUCUUGUCAUUUGAGGGUGACUUUGUGAAUUAAUGCUUUACAGUUUAUUCCCGUCCCUCAAUGACUUCACAAGGAACCACACAGUGUUUUUCUUUCGGUCCGUUUGGAAUAUAUUUAACAUGCAUGGUUGUUCACAUGUCUGCUGGAGGAUGACAUUUUGCACAGCUGUGUCCUCAUCAGGGAGAAUUCACUUUGUUGACUGUUCUGAGUGACAAAAUUCAAAUGUAGCACUGAGGCGCUUUUAUUGUGAAGCAUGUGGUGAGAGAGUGACUGAGCCACCAAGUACCAGGCUCACUGUGUGAGCACGACACGAAUGCACUGUUGAGUAACGGAGAAAUCACUGCUGACCGUCUCUCUCUUUUUCUCAUGAUGCUGUUUGUCUUGAAGCAGCCGCUCUCGGGCGUUAAUGAAGCGGCCAAAUCGCCUCAAAUGAUACUUGUAGAGUUUUCAGAGGUCAAACACCUCAAAGAUCUGUUGUAGUUUUCAUACUGAGGGAGAUUUGUGCGGAGCCCACAAGGGUGAAGUGAUGAGGAAGGAAGUCACUGACCUUUUUGAGUUUUUAAAACAAAUGAUUGAACGUUAAACUUCCCUCCUAUCAUCAUGGAGCCAAGUGGUUGUAAUGACACACAGACAGCGGAGCAAGAAAUCUGAAGUGAAGAGAGACGGGACAGUCAUGUUGUUUGAAAUGAAUUGUAAUAUAUUAAAUGUUUUUUAUUGCAAAUGA